CACCUCUCAAGUCUGACAGUGUUCACUGAAGAACAGUGGUAAGAAAAUACACAAUGCUGAGUGGUGUAUGUUAAGAGAGGCCAAUGUGGUGUUGAUUACCUUGUCAGCAAUGAGGUUGCUGAGUUUACACAGCCACUGAAAGACUAGAGGGAAAGACGAGAGAAAGAUAGAGGGAGAGAAGAGAGGGAUAGUGGAAGAGCGGAGUGAGGCUGUUAACUGCCUUUCCAUACAAGGAGAGGUAGGGGGAGGAGAAAGCGAGAGGCAGCAAGAGAAAGCGAGAGAGAGAGAGGAGGGUAAUAUGAGGAGAUACAAUGCGAGAGUGAAGGGAGGAGGAGAGAAUUUUGGAAAGAGAGAUAAAGACAGAGGACAGAGGGAUAAAGGCUGAUAAGGCUGCACCAGACAGCGGGUUACGGUGGAGAGAAAGAGAGAAGAAGUGAGUGAGUGGAGCUUUAUCCACUCUGAGGUCCCAACUGUGUGAUUCUGCUGCAGCUUCUCUCUGUCACUGACUGACUGAUCCACACAGAUGAUGUCAUCAGAGCACCUGACCUGCGGUUGGCUGCAGCAGCUACUCGUUGUACUUCUGAAGCUUUGCCUCACUUUUGCUGGGCCUCUGCGACCACUCAAUGGGACAGAGUGCACAGCCAAGGGUCCUGCUUCCUACAUCCUGGUCUUUACUGGUCACUGGAGCCCACAGGCCUUCCCCAAGCAGUAUCCACUAUUUCGGCCCCCUGCACAGUGGUCCAAACUCAUAGCGGUCAGCCAUAAUCGUCAUUUUCGGCUGUGGGAGGAGGGUGCUCCAGCCAGUGCAGGGGUGCAGAACUUCUCUGAACUCGGGGUGACGGUGGAGCUGAUGAAGGCGGCCAAGGAGGCGAGGAAGAGACGCGCAGUCGGCGCCAUGUACCGAACGGCCGGCAUCCCUAACGGCAUCGGGCACAGCUCCACAGAGUUGCUCAUGCAGUCCCGGUGCUCACUGCUGUCCCUGAUGGUGAAGAUGAUCCCCAGCCCCGACUGGUUCGUCGGUGCGGACAGCCUAAACCUUUGCGAGGGCAGUCGGUGGAAACAGGAAGUGACCAUUGACCUCCAACCUUAUGAUGCAGGGACAGACAGUGGAUUCACUUUCUCCUCUCCCAACUUCCCCACCAGCCCCGCAGAAAACAUCACAAAGAUCACAUCGCAGAUGCCGAACCAUCCAGCCAACUCCUUCUACUAUCCACGCUUAAAGGAGCUUCCACCUAUUGCCAGCAUAAAGAUCACUCGACAGAGCAGAUCACCUGACCGUCAAACCCCAAUGUCCAAUCAUAUUCUGCCAAACUCUAUCAGUCCCCAGCGCUUCUCAGCGACACCACUGGACUGUGAAGUGUCUCUCUGGUCAUCCUGGGGUUUGUGUCUGGGUCCCUGCUCCAGAGGCGGUGUCCGCCACCGCACACGUUACAUCCUCUUGCGGCCGGCCAAUGCCGGUACACCCUGCCCUGAGCUGGAGGAACAGGCUGAAUGCGUACCACACAGCUGUAUGAGACUCCAGUAACUGCCAGUAUUCAACUGGGACUCUCACGUUAUCACUGCUGGACUGAGAAAUGUUGCUGCAUCUUGAGCAUUUCCUUGAUAAUGCAAAGGAUUUGUGUGUUUGUCACAGUCAAAUUGUGGAAAUUUAAGACUUGGUGCAUUACCUUUGAUGCCCAUUAGUAUUACAGUGUACACUCCUCUGGGUGUAUUUUAAUGACGAUAAAGGGAAGUCUGACUGUAGCAGAGCGCUGGACAGCUAUUAAUGUUUGAGAUAACACUUUGAAUGUGUUUAGAUAAAAAGUGAUUUUUAUAAAUUGUCGUGGAUGCAGAAUAGAAACACUGAGAACAACAUACGUGACAAAUGUGUCCCCUCAAAGAUCUGUAUGAGACUUGUUAUGGUUUGCUCAUUGUCAACAACAUACGCAUUUGAUCUGUACGCUGAUAGGGGCACACCAGAGUAACAAAUCCUUAACAAACUCUUACAUGUAUGCACACAUGUGCACACAGACUUCAGCACACAAAAGGUCCUUGCACAUACUGCAUACUUUUACAGGCACGGAGGCAUUAGUUUACUUAGGUAACCUAUACAUGCUUGGCACAUGCAUCUCUUUCAAAAUAACCUCACAGCCCAAUUUAUAAAUAUCACCUUUCACAAGAAACACCUAAUAGCUGACUUGAGGCUUAGAGCUGGUCUGAAGAAGCUGGUGUAUUUUAUAUAAUAAGAUGCAGGUUUUUAUAGAAAUAAAAAUAAAUAUUUGUAUUAUUAUCUCUUUUGAUAUUUUAAUGUUGAGAUUUUGUAUAUACUGUAUGAUGUAUCUUAUCUUGUAUAAAUCAUGAACAAACAUGGAGGUGUGUUUUUCAAAUAGACAACGUGUGUGUUACUUUGUUCCCCUGCAUGGCCUUUCAGUUGGAAACUGUUAUUAUGUGAAAUCAAUGUCUGUAUUUAAAACUCCUGUGAGACCAAAAAACAUUCUUGAUUUACACGGUUCCAGUAAUACAUGAUGAAGUCAACUUAUUUGUGUAUGCCAGAGCAUAAUUUGACCAGUAUUGACAUGUCUUUAUUUGUGUCCAAAGAACUCACAGCCUAAAUGCAAAAAUACACAGCCAUAAAUAUCACAGUAUGAAAAGGUUAUGAUGCCUUAUAUUCACCAAAAUAGAAGCCACAGUUCUACAUAUUUAUAGAGGGAAAUUAUAUUCCACAGUAUCUAUCUAUCCUAAACUCUGAUAACUCAGUGCUUCAUGGUCCUGGGGUACUUUGUUUGUGGUAUUUGAAUGGUUGAUAAAUUAAUGUAAAUAUCAACUUUUUUACUGAUAGGAAUUAUAGUACUACCAAGUAUUCACUAUGGUAGCCUCCCCACUGCACUGCAAUGAGGAGUUUGUGGCAGUGUAGCACCUCCUAGUGGUCACAAUCAACAACAACAGUACUACUACUACUACUACUAUUAAUGAUAGUAUAGUAUUAAUGAUGAAAAAUAAUAGAAAUGAAAUAUUAAUUACAUUUACUGGUCGUGUUUUGUAUAGUUUCAUGUGUACUUGUAUUUGCACUGUAUAUGUAUGUUUAACAUAUACAGUACAAUUAAUUAUUAUUUUAAACAACAUGAUGCCACAUGCAUUUGUUCCUUAAAUAAAAUGAAA